GGCAAUGAGAUCAAUCAUCAAAGAUUGCAAUUACUUGAAGUUGCUUGUAUAUGCUUCUUGCGGCGUAAGGUGGGGUUAGAGAUGGCUUCCAAGAGGCCGUUUCAGAAGAAUUCGUCAGAGCAAAACGGUCGGGGCAAGUGGCAGAAAACAAAGCACAAUUCUUCGCAGCAGCCUCAGCUGAUAGUGCAGCCGGGUGUUCCUAUUUUCCGCAUUCUCUGCCCUACUUCAAAAUCUGGGAAUGUCAUCGGCAAGGGUGGUGGUAUCAUUGCAAAGAUAAGGCAAGAGACUGGAGUGAAAAUCAGGGUUGAUGAAGCCGUCCCUGGUUGUGACGAGAGAGUCAUUGUCAUUACCGCCAUUGAUAAGGACAGAGAAGUUAGUCAUGAGCAAGCUAAGGAGAAUGAUGGAGGCGUGGCGUGCUCUGUUGAUGGCAACCAUGGAAAGGAGAAGGACCAUAGUAAGGAAGAAAAGGGUGAAAGUAAAAAAGGAAUGGAUGAUGACUUAGAGAAUGGCCUUCCUAAGGAAGAAAAUAAUGGUUUAGAGAAAGAUCAUGAUAAGGAAGAAAUGGAUGAUUCAGGGAAAGACCAUGUUAAGGAAGAGGAUGAUUCCUCUGUUGCAAAAGAUACAAAGUCAGAAACAGAGCCAGAGCUGGAGCCGGAGAAGGGAAUGCCAUUGGCCGUUAAGGCCAUUUUGCUUGUAUUUGAUCGGAUUUUUGUAAAUGAAAUGGAGAAUGAAAAAGGAGAUGCAUCUGGUGAGAGAAAUCCUGUUUCAUUGAGAUUACUGGUGCUAGACAGCCAAGUAGGCUGGCUUUUGGGAAAGAAUGGUAGUGUGAUUAAGCAAAUGUCAACUGACAGCGGCUGUGAAAUUCGAGUUUCAAAGGAUAAGCUCCCGUUGUGUGCUUUACCCCGAGAUGAACUUUGCCAGAUCACUGGAGAGCUCAACUCAGUCAGGAAAGGUCUGAACAGAGUUGCUCAAUUGCUAUUUGCUCAUCCUCCUAAGGAGAGUGAUGUUCCUGGUGCUCAUCAUUCUGGUUCAUCAUCCCGUUCAUUCUUCAAUCGGCCAGAUGUUCUUCCUCCAGGAAUGCAACCUAACCUCCAUCUCCCUUUUCAAGGGCCAAAUGUUGCUCUUCCCAAUUUUCCUGAAGCUCUAAUGCAUGGCCAUGGCCCAGUUCCGCCUGAACCCCUUAUUUUUAGGUUGUUAUGCUCAAGUGACAAGGUUGGAGGUAUAAUAGGGAAGGGUGGAAACAAUAUCAAGACUAUUCAGAAUGAUACAGGCUGUGAAAUUAAGGUUCUUGAUACUGUUCCGAAAUCAGAAGAUCGCAUCAUACUUAUCUCUGGACCUGCGCAUCCAGGUGAUGGAAUUUCCCCUUCACAGAAUGCAAUUCUGCAUGUGCAGCAUAAAAUUGUACCAACCUCUAACACCAAGGAAGGUCCUGCAAUAUGUAGGCUGAUUGUUUCACCUAACCAAGUUGGUUGCCUUCUUGGCAAAGGUGGCAGUAUCAUAGCUGAAAUGAGGAAGCUAUCAGGAGCACACAUAAUAGUGCUGGGCAAAGACAAGAUCCCAAAGGGUGUCCCAGAAAAUGAUGAAGUUGUUCAGAUCAGUGGGGCCUCUGAAGCUAUUCAGGAAGCUCUAAUGCUGAUAACUGCAAGACUGCGGAACCAUCUUUUCCGGGACAGAAUGGCUUCAACAGUCCCUGUGCAGCCACCUUUUGGUUUGAUGGAUCCUCAAUUUGGCCCAUAUGUGGGAAACCAUGAUUCUAUAUCUCCUAGGAUUUUUCCUAACGUGCCUCAGUUUCAUAAAGAUUUUAUAGGACGGCCAUUGGAUGAGAUGUCUGCCCCUUGGACCAUGAAGGGCAUUCAUGAUGUUGGUGAUCCGAUGUCAAUAUCCGAUAUCCCAGGAAUGGCACAUAGAGGAAUGGGUGGAUUUCCUGGCCCUGGUCAGCCAACUAUGGUAUCAACUGUAACCACAGAUGUCAUGGUUCCAAAAAUAAUUUUACCUGCUCUAUGUGGGGAAGAUGGAGGCUGUUUAAAUAGAAUUCGUGAGUUUUCAGGGGCUAAGAUAACAGUCGCAGACCCGAUGGCUAAUGCAAUGGACACUGCUGUUUUGAUAUCUGGCACACCAGACCAAAUGCAUGCAGCCCGAAGUCUUAUUCAAGCAUUUGUUUUAAGUGAACCACUAGCUCCCUGAUUUUUCAAAUACCUGAAGCCUGAAGGUGAUGCAUCACCUUUUAAUGUUUGUUCCUUCUGCGACAACCAUGGACUGGUUGAGUUGCUGGUGAUAUUGAUUGUUGAAGGCUUGAAGCUAGUGACCCAAUGUGUGUUCAUAUUUAUGAAUAUGCAUACCAGUUUGCAUACUUUCCAUUGUGUCCAUAUGGCCAAAGAGGCUAAUUAUGCUAAAUAGUGACUAAACUUCAACCUGAUGGGCCUUUCUUAUAUCCCAGUCUUUCAUUGUGAGAUAGAAAUGCUACGGUUAGCUGUACGGAUCUCUUUUCAUGAAACUUACAUGCUUGGAGCUGGAAAGCUUCUAAUUCUUUUGUACAAGGACUGAGGAGCCCAUCUUGUUGAAUUUAUGAGCUUAUAUUAAGGAAACUAUCCUAUAGCAA